CAACGAGGCGCUUCACAUAUGCAUAUGAACUCAGGUAGACACAAUGUGCCGUCAUUGCAAUGAUGCUGUCUGCGCUGUGCCUCUGCUUUGACCUUUGUCUGUCAGAGGUGUGAUUGAACUCAUACGUGCCGUGCAAGUUCAAUCACCGUCGGAGAGGCAGACGUGUCCUGGCUCUCGUCCUCAGCCCCUGCCGUGGAGAAGAGUGAGGAAAUGCGCGCGUGGCUGCAGAGUGAGAUCGAUGAGUUCGUCAAGAGACGGCACCAGCAUGGGACCUUCCAAACAGCGUUGCGGAAGAAGCAGCUGCACCAGAUUGAGAAGACCAGGCGGCUGCCGAAGGUGAUUGUUGUGGUCCGGCGGCUGCCCUUUUACAUCCAGUACGACGCAGAGACCCAGCAGUUCUCCCACUUCACGGGUGACUUCCGCAUCGACGUGUCCAAGUGCCUCCCCAAAGAGGCCAUCAUGCCGCUCUCGCAGUCGGACGAGGUCAUCCCCACCAACGAUGCAGUGGUGGACACGGCGGCCGGCGGGGCGGGGGGGAACCCAUCGCAGCAAGACAUGACACGCGAUAUUGCAGCCCCGCUUCCCCCCACCCCAGCGACGGCCGAGGCAUGUCCACCGCCCCAGGCCCCUGCUGAUGGAGGUGCCUCCAGCCGUGCGGGCACCCCCUUAGAGAAGGUCACGGUGGGAAGCCCGGGGAUAGAGGUCGGUCACAGAAAGGGGCAAGCACGACACGCGGCAGACAAUGAACAUCUCUCCGUGUUCUCUCUUUGCUGAUCAUGCAGAUAGCCGAUCCAGAGCUGCGUGAUCGUCUGAAGCGCUACUUGAAGGGAGGGACGCACGGCAAGAAGGCAACCGACACGGGAGGGGGCGGAGGAGAGACCCAGGACAACUCACAUUGGGACAUCGAGGGUGAGACAGCGCACGUGUCUCACGGAGGAGAGGACUUACUUUCUUUGUGUCUGGAUGGAUGUUAGGGACUGCGGACCCCUCGCUCAACUGCGUUCCGUAAGCACGGGUUUCAGGCCCAGAGAUGGGCAGCGCCACACACCCUGCUCUCCUGGCCCCCAGUUACCCCUUUGUUGAUUCUGUGCAGUGUGUUUUUGGACGACGAGACAAUGGAUGACGCCUACUGUCAGUCAAUCCUGUCGCCGCUCUUCCACUACCGCACCCCCCCAAUUGGGACAGGAUACGAGGUGACUGUACUGGGCAAUCAGGCUGUGGGGCGCUGAAGUGCAGCUCUGUGUGCUGUGUUUGACAGGUGGGGGUGGAGGAGUGGUCUGCCUACGCGCGGGUGAAUUCUAUAUUCUGCGACAUGGUUCGCAGCGUAUACGAGGAGGGCGACAUCAUUCUCGUCUUUGACUACCACCUUAUGCUGCUGCCCAAGCUGCUUAGAGAGGUAAGCAGAGACGUCUGGGCGCAGAAGUGACCUCGCCAUGGACGCGUGUGCUUUCAGCACCUUCCCCACGCGCACAUUGGUUUCUACCUCAGCACUGUAUUCCCAUCCUCAGAGAUGUACAGGAUACUGCCACAGCGUGAAGAGCUGUUGCGCGGUGUCUUAGCUGCGAACCUGGUCAGCCUCCUUUGUGGUUUAGCUCGCGGCUUCACAUCGUGUUGAUGUGACUCAGGUGGGUUUCCACAGCUUCCAGUACAAGCGGCACUUUCUCACUGCAUGCACUCGGGUCUUGGGAGUGGAGUGCAAGGCAGAAGGCAUCGAAGCUUGUCCGGAAGCGGGUGGAUGCGGUGUGGACUGAUGCAAACGACCCACGCUGACACUUCCUAUCCGUGAUGCAACACUUGUCUCCCUCUCUGUUAGGUUCCCGUGUUGUGACUGUCCCCCGAGGGAUAAACCCUGACCCAUGGCUGUCCGAGAUGAACAAAGAAGCGACUCUCUUUCAGAUACAGGAGCUCAGCAGCAAAUUCCAAGGCAGGAAGGUCCUUUUGGGGAUCGAUACGCUCGACUACAUCAAAGUAGGGAUGGGGAGGACGGUUGGCAUCCGUGUCUUCGUUUGUCUCUGCGCUUUGCGAUUUGUGUCUCAGGGCAUUCCUCACAAGAUGAUGGCCUUCUACAAGUUCCUUCACAACUAUCCUGAGUGGGCCGCGAACUGCAUCUAUCUACAGGCACGAACGCCGGACGAAUUGAGACAAGUGAGAAUUUGAUUUCUGCCGCAGAUCACACUUCCGUUGGUAGGAGGUCGAUGCGCCGUGGAUCCGGCCAGAAGGCCUGCAUCGAUAUUGGUCUCAGGAAUCUGCUGGUGACGAGGAAAUCACUAUCGACAAAGCCGACAGGUAAUAGUAUACUGGGGUCGUGAUAGCUCAGUGAAUCCCUUGCUUGUCUAUGGUCUCGCGGACAGACAAGAGAUCCUCUACCAAGUGUACCAAGUUGCCGGCGCCAUCAACGCGCAAUUUGGGUCCUUUGAUGCCGUCCCUGUCCACUUUCUCCAUCAACGAUUCACGUUCGCCUUGGCUGAAUCCACUGACCACCUCUUCCUUUCUCUCGCACAUUUUCUCCGUCAGAUUCCAAGAACUUGUGCCUGUCUACGCCCUGGCUGACGUUGGCCUCAUUACAUCCCUCAGGGAAUCUCUGAGCUUCACUGCCUACGAAUUCAUCCUUUGCCAACAGUCAACAAAUCGUGGAGUGCUGAUACUCAGCGAAUUCUCGGGUAUAAACAAUAGACAACAAUCCAGAGAAACAGCCAUCCUCUGUUCGUUCCAGGCUCUGCCCAGUCGCUGGGAGCGGCGGCAAUAUGCGUAAAUCCAUGGGACACAAACGGGUAGGGUGGGUGAGUUCUUUUUUUCUGCUUGGGUCAGUAUCGUGAGGCGUUACUUCGCAGAUUCGCUGCAGCCAUUCAUGACGCCGUCAUCAUGAACGACGAAGAGAAAUCAAAACGGCACGAGUACGCCUAUAACUACGUCAUGAAACACACAGCACACCGAGUAAGAAAAGACGUACGGACUGCUUUGGAUUCGCUCUGCGUAUUGUUGUUCAAUAUCCUCAGUGGGGCGAGCGCUUGCUUGAUGAGUUUAAGGAGGCGAUCAGCGAAAUGGAGGUCGGUAAUAGACCCACGUACGUAGACAGGCAUCAAUCAAUUACGGCAUAGAUCAAAUACCAAUCGAUCAGAUGUCGAGUCUCCACAUCCCUCCCCUUCUUUCCCGUAAGUUGGAAGUGGCAGGCGAAUUUUCCGUCGAACUCCGAGUGCCAAAUCUGUCCAGACGACGAGGUUUUGCGGGCUUUCUUUCAUCCGGCCAUCAAGCAGGUGACUCGGAUUGAGUGAUGCAUGGCGUCAGGUCUGACUGGGUGUUAUGCAGCGGAUAAUCGUGCUGGGUUUCAGAGGCACUUUAUUCCCGAGUAAACUUGGCGGUGGCGACGUGUACGCUGCGGAGAUUUUCGGCCAUGUACGGUUGAGCGCGCUCAACCAACAGUCGCUUUCCGUAAGACAGCCUAUCGUAGGCAGAACAGCCUGUGAUGUUGCAGACAGCGUAUGUCUGUAUUCAGGUGCUGGCACAAGACCCACGGAACGUCAUCAUCAUUGCCUCCUCUUCUUGCCGCUCGGUAUGUGUAGACGAAUGCAAGUGUCUCAUCGAACGGACGUUUGUCUCUCUGUGUGUGCGUGUGUCUGCGUACAAAGAUAAUGGACAAAGCUCUCGGCACUCUGAAAGACAGGGUUUGGGUGAGUGCCUUUUCAACUGAAACACAAGGCAUCUAUUCCGUUGCAUUUCAUGAUCUCCUCAACCCUUCAGAUGAUGGCAGAGAACGGUCAUUGCGUCAAGUAAGCAGUGCCAGAAGUCAGUGCUUUUUGGUGACGUUUUUGCUGACUACUCAGGGCAAUAGGCGAUUCAUGGAAGUGGGAAAAGGACGACUUAGAUCUAUCAUGGAAGGAGGCGGUCAAAGACAUACUCAAGUAUUUUGUCCAGCGAACACCUGGUAUAUACACAUCUACACAUUUACAGAUUUGGUUCGCUGACGAAACGAGGUGUUUGCCGCAAACUUGCAGGUUCUGUGACUUAUGAAACCGAGACUUCGGUUUCGUGGGUUUAUCAGAAUACACAGGUGAAAACAAACUACGAAGACUAGAACGUGACGGAACCAUUGUGGGCUCGGCUUAUGCAGAGGGACCACGGCGCGAUCCAGGCCCGUGAUUUGUUAAUUCAUCUUUGGGCUGGCCCUUUAGUGGCGUCGGGCGCUGAUGUCGUGGUCGGCACGCAGAGCGUUGAAGUGAGACACGGCGAAGUGAGCAAAGCGUCGGCGCUAGGUGAAUGAAUACGUAAUGUAUCUUAUACAUAUUGUGGAGUUCGUUAUACUUUGAAUGGAAUUGUUCAGACAAAAUUCUGGCGACGAUCAUUCCAAGCGAAUCGAGUGUCCUUCCGAGCGAAAGGGUAUCAUUAAUUCACCAGCGAACGCACCUGUAAAGCCCCUGUGUGUUCACUUCCCUCAGCUUUUCCUGUGCAUCGGAAAUUUUCUUAUGAGAGACGAAGACGUAGGUGCAAAGAAUGCGAAAACAAAGUACUAACGCAACACCUAAGUCUCCUGCGGCUCUUACAGGUCUUUACGACAAUUCACAAGUAUGCGUCUGGACUGGAAACACCUGCCAGUGAGGGACCAAAGUCGACCACCGCGAGUUCCCACUUUUGUGCCACGGUCGGCCGUAAGAACUCGCGUGCCCAAUAUCAUGCGUUUGAUGCACAAGUGAGAAGGAAACCUACAUGAGUACAUGUGACGUAUGAAAACCGUACUUCUUUUUGCAGGAUGUCGGCUUCCUACUCGCGAAGUUGUCUCAUCGGCAGGCAGCAGCAGACAAUAAGGGAGCUCGGCACUAGAUAGUGGUGACGCAUAUGUGCCGAUGACAGUGUGUCCGUUGCCGAGGCGCUGUGGCCCCCCGCAGCAGCUGAUAUGGGGUGCCAGCAGCUGAUAUGGGGUGCGGCAAGGCAGUCGACGAUGACGCUAG